GUUGCAGUCAUCCAAGAAUUCAUUGCCACUAGAAGGGAGGAGUUGGCCAAUGAGAAGACUGCUCAGAAUGUAGACCCUCAGGCAUAUAAAGUCAGUAUCCUCGAGGCCCUGGCGGCAUCUGGGCUGCGCUCCAUACGCUACGCACUGGAGAUCAGCGGUGUUGGCAAGAUACUGGCCAACGACUACUCCACGCAGGCUGUGGAAAGCAUGAAGGCCAACAUUGAACACAACAAGGUUGGCCACAUUGUUGUGCCAAACCGUGACGAAGCAGCGCUGCUAAUGCCAUGCCACAAAACGGAUCGAUUUGACGUGAUUGACCUUGAUCCAUACGGGAGCCCGGCUCCAUUCCUGGAUGCAGCAGUGCAGGCUGUACAAGACAGACUAGCAGACUACAGGAAGGUGUUUGUGGAGGAAGCAGUGCACAUAAUGAGGACUUGUGCCUGUCUCAGGGCGCUUUUGGUGACGUGCACGACAUGGCCAUCCUUGUGUGGGAACAGCAGCGAGACCUGUCGGGCAAAGUAUGGCGCAGUGUCACUCAACCAGUGCUGCCACGAAAUGGCGCUGCGUAUCAUUUUGCAAAGCAUUGAGUCGCACGCCAACCGCUACGGCCGCUACACCGUGCCGCUUUUGGCCAUCAGCGUCGACUUCUACGUAAGGGUGUUCGUGCGGGUUUACACCGGACCUGCCAAUGUGCCAUUCCCUUAUAGCAAGCUCGGCAUGGUGUACCAAUGCAGUGGCUGUGAGACGUUUUCACUCCAGCCAUUGGGGCGCUGUACAGAGAAAGGAAACAGCUUCAAGUUCAGUCCAGCUCUUGGUCCCCCUGUGGGUCUUACGUGCUCGCACUGUGGCCACAAGCACCACAUUGGCGGACCUGUUUGGAUCAACCCAAUGCAUGACGUUAACUUUAUCCAGCGGCUGAUCCGCCGUGUGACUGAAAGUCCCGAGCUUUAUGGUACAUCCAAGAGGAUGCUGGGCAUCCUUCACAUGCUUGACGAGGAACUCGAGGUACCCCUGUACUUUCUGCUGGACAGAUUGGCAUCCACCGUGCGUGUCUCAACACCGAGCAUGCUUAACUUCAGGUCAGCAUUGCUCAACGCCGGCCACCGCGUGUCCUUGUCACACGCGUGCAAGAACUCUAUCAAGACCGAUGCGCCCAUGGAUUUCGUCUGGGACAUCAUUCGAACUUGGAAACUCCAGAACCCAUCUAAAGGCCACUUGAGCCAGGUCGCUUUCGUUGGUUCAAUUGACAUUGAAUUAAUUGAAUUCAACUGUACCAUGUUGAGGAUUAGGAUUAGGAUAAGCAUUCAGACUGACAGGGCAGGGGUGACGGGUUCUGUAUUACAGUUGCCAGUGAACUUCUCCAUCCAUCCCGAUGCCAAUCCUUCGUCACGAGAGCAGCAGCUACUAAGGUACCAGGUGAAUCCUGAACCCUGCUGGGGCCCAAAGGCCAGGGCCAAGACCAGCCUGUGGGCAGACAGAGAAGUCGAGAAGAGCCGGAGGUUGCAGGGAAAGCGCAAGCUGAAGGAGGCACCAUCCAACGACACAUCCGACGAACCGUCCUCAGCCAAACUCUCGGCAGUGGCUGCAGGAGACAUUUCUCAUCAGACUGAGCAAGAGGAGACAAUGGAGUGCAGUGAUGUCGUUGAAUCUGAGGAGAAGCAGGACGCUAGUAAAAACCUAGAAACAAUCUCCGUCCUCAUGUAUUUUUCAUCAGUGAAGUGGGUGUGUAAGGAAGGAUGUGCUUGGCAGCAUCUAGGUGCCCCACCCUCCUCGAUGGGAGGGUGA